CUCAGCUUCAAGGUACAGCAAUGUUUUUGAUGUAGCUGGGAUUUUAAAUCAUCCUGCAUUUGGGACUUUCAUGUCAAGUCUUGUUAUUUCCCCACCAGGCAUCACCCUGAAGUGAGAAGAAUGAGCCGUGUGGAGGGUCUGCGAGCCGACUCAUCUCAGUUCACUCUGGAGGGAGAGCCUUUCCUCAUCCUGGGGGGCUCCAUCCAUUAUUUCCGUGUCCCCAGAGCCUACUGGGAGGACCGACUGCUGAAGAUGAAGGCCUGUGGCCUGAAUACUCUCACGACGUAUGUGCCAUGGAAUCUGCAUGAGCCUGAGAGAGGAACAUUCAACUUUCAAGAUCAGCUGGACCUCAAGGCCUACGUCGCUCUAGCAGCAGAGAUGGGUCUGUGGGUGAUCCUGCGUCCUGGACCUUACAUCUGCGCUGAAUGGGACCUGGGCGGGUUGCCUAGCUGGUUGUUACAAGAUAAAGACAUGCAGCUGAGGACCACUUAUCCUGGAUUUGUAGAUGCUGUCAACCUCUACUUUGACAAGCUUGUCUCAGUUAUCAAACCUCUCAUGUUUGAGGAGGGAGGCCCGAUCAUUGCAGUCCAAGCUGAAAAUGAGUAUGGAUCAUAUGCCAAAGAUGAGGACUACAUGCCAUUUAUAAAGAACUGUCUCGAGUCCAGAGGGAUCAAGGAGCUCCUGCUGACUUCAGACAACUGGGAGGGUCUGAGAUGUGGAGGGAUGGAGGGAGUUCUUCAAACGAUAAACCUGCAGAGACUGUCGUUCGGAGCAAUCCAGCACUUAGCUGACAUACAGCCCCAGAAACCUCUAAUGGUGAUGGAGUACUGGUCCGGCUGGUUUGACGUCUGGGGAGAACAUCACCAUGUGUUCCAUGCUGAGGAUAUGCUUGCCGUUGUGUCAGAGAUCCUGGCAAGAGGUGUCUCCAUUAAUCUGUACAUGUUCCAUGGGGGAACCAGCUUUGGUUUCAUGAAUGGAGCGAUGGACUUUGGCACCUACAGGCCUCAGGUCACCAGUUAUGAUUACGAUGCUCCGCUCACUGAGGCCGGAGAUUGCACCCCUAAAUAUCACCUCUUGAGGACUUUAUUCAGCCAGUACCACUCUGAGCCUCUUCCUGAAGUACCCUCUCCUCAGGAGAGGAGCGCAUACCACCCUGUUGCCAUCCAGCAGCACCUGUCACUGUGGGACAGCCUGCACUUCACUGACAAGCCAUACAGGUCAGAGAGACCAGUGAACAUGGAGAAUCUACCUGUCAACAAUAACAAUGGGCAGUCGUAUGGUUACACACUGUAUGAAACCACCAUCACCAGUGGAGGAACCCUCAACUCCAGGAACAACAUCAGAGACAGAGCACUGGUUUUCGUCAACAGACAAUGUGUUGGCAGUUUGGACUACAAGACUCAUGAACUGGCACUCCCUGAUGUAAAGGGAGAGAAGACAUUGAGCUUGCUUGUGGAGAACUGUGGAAGAGUGAAUUACGGGAAAGCUCUGGAUGAACAGCGCAAAGGUAUUGUGGGGGACAUUGUGUUGAAUCACACCCCUCUGAGAGGAUUUACCAUCUUCUGUCUAGAUAUGAAGCCAGGCUUCAUGAAAAGGUUAAUGAGUUCAGGUCAGUGGAAGUCUGACUUCAAGUCGUCCAUUCCUGGAUUUUUCCAGGCCAGGCUGAAUGUGGAUGGCCCUCCCAGAGACACCUUCAUCAAACUUCCUGGUUGGAGUAAAGGAGCGGUGUUUGUCAAUGGGCAGAACCUUGGACGCCACUGGUUUAUUGGCCCCCAGCAUUUCCUUUAUCUCCCAGGACCUUGGCUCAGAAGUGGAGAGAAUCAGAUUAUUGUUUUCGAGGAACAAAAAGCGGAUGACAAAAUACUGUUUGCUGAGAAUCCUAAUCAUGGAAAGACAAUUGAUGUUUACAAAAUGCCAUUUUGCACUUUGCUGUGAAAAUACAGUAACACAACAUGCACUUUUACACACACACACACACACACACAUAAGGGGACAGUUUAUUGAUACCUGCAGCUAUUGUCAAUUAUGUAAACCAUUAAUUUACUAACCAUAACUGCUACUGUACAACAGUAUGUUUUUUUUGCCUGAAAGGUUAAA